UCGUUUUACUCUCACACGGGGAAGGAAAGGGCUUAACGGCGGCCCGUUUUAAACUGUAGAGAUCAAGAGGACUUGACUUGUCUACGUAGCACAACGAAACCUCUGUGUCUCUGUGCCUGUCUAUCCCCAGCGCAGCUUCCCUUGAAUCAGUUUGAUUUCAUUUCCUCCAAGUUUUUUCUGAAAUGGGUGGGCUGCCGACAGACAACACUUCAUCUACUUUAGCUUUGCCAAGUUCUCAGCAAAAACAUGAAACACCUACCAAUAAGCCUGCACCUGAAACAAAGCCGAAGAAGAAGAUUUGCUGUGCCUGCCCAGAUACCAAGAGGCUGAGAGAUGAAUGCAUUGUGGAACAUGGGGAAGAAGCUUGUACAAAAUGGAUUGAGGCCCAUCGUAAGUGUCUCCGAGCUGAAGGCUUUAAUGUGUAGUGCUAAUGCUAUAAAAGAUGGUUGAGUUACACAAUAAAAUGAUUUGACAAUUUUGGAAUACGAACAUCUGUUUUAGGAUAAGAUAACAUACAGGAUGAUAUCUCGAAAUUCAAGAAUAAUGCAAGGAAGGACACAUUUUCUCGCCUGUUUUCUGUCACAUUGGAUAAUGUUAGUAAUACCCUUCUUUCUAUGAAGGAAGAAAACAGUGAGUACUUGAUUGACAUUUCAAAUGGAUGAUUCCAUUUAUUUACCA